AUGGAGCAGGAAGUGUCCAACAAUUUCAGAUCCAUAAGGGCAAAGUUCCAGGAGGAGAUCCAGGUGAGAAACAGACCACUGUUUCCUGAGAAGCCCAAACGUCUCCCAACAUCAGGUGUAGGACGUUCUGGUCCAUUGACCACCAUGAGCUCCAGCUCAGCUGUGGCCAACAAGACCCGUAGUCUACCCUGGGGCGUUUUAAGAAAUGGAGAAGACCAGAAAGCUCCCACAGGAAAACACCCAGUUUCAUUUCCAAGCUUUCCUCACACAACACCUGAAGUCCAUCGAUCUGGAGAUGGUGGGAACCGGCAUUCGCUUAAAGCCCGGCAUCUGCCCCUUGUGUUGCCAUUGACAAAUGAGCCAAAGCACGAUGCUGCUACUCCUUCAUCAAAGGGAUUCACAUCACCUCUCAAAUGCAUCAAGAAACCAAUGCCCGCACCAUUCAAGUCAACCAAAAUGUCAAUGUUUGGCAAAGAGAUUGGAAAAAAUGGUGGAGAGGAUUUGAAAAAGGGCAGUGUUCAGGCAGAAGAAUCCACCCUAAAGGCUGUGAAUACAGAAACUGGAGGGAUCCACCAGGCUAGGGUGUCAGAUCCUGGAUCGUUGAGUCACAGUCCAGAUAUUCCAUCUUCAUCUUCUCCAAGCGAAUCAUUGACGGAUUCAUCUCCUGGUAGCGUUUCCCAGUUCUUUGAUCAGCAUGUCCUGAGUACGCUCGAGAAAGCCAGGAGAAAGUUCUCUCACAAGAACAUGCUGGUGUGUGGUCGACCAAAGGGCUUCUACUCUAGUAAAGUUGUUGUACCCUCAGAGAGUCCUCCGUCCUCUAGUGAAUCUGAGAACUGUCGCCCAGAGACCGUGCUACCUUACCAGCCAGGAUAUUCCUCCAAUGGUGUACCUGCCUAUGCAGCCACUUCUCCAGUGAAGAUCAAUGGAGCUUCAUGCAGUGCUAUCAUUGCUAUGGAGCUAAAUGCAGUCACACAGCCUGAAAGAAAAUUUUCUCGAGCACGCAAACCUCUUCCUGAUUUCGCAUCCCUGGGCCCUUUGCCCGUAAAGCCCCCUCGACCCCCACAUGUGGAUCUCAGCAGAUAUAAACCUGGAGCCCAUGUUAUUGAUUCAAGUGAAACUGUCUCUAUUGAAUGUGCACCAAAGUCUCUUGGUAAUGAAACAGUUGAGAAUGCAACCCUGCCACCCCCUGAAUUUCCAGAUUUUGACAUUCCUGCACCAGAAGACACCGACUGUAGCGCCAUAAAUCUAGCAGCACUGGAAUCAGAGGUGACUGAAUUCCCCGAGUGUGAUCCCUUACUUUCGUCUCCACUGCAAGAUGAAGUCAAUGGUUUAGACUUUCAUGCUACGGAACUGAGACGUUUAGAGGUCUUGACGUCACAACAGUCAGUCAUUCCUCCUGAACCAGAACCAGCCACCUCUGACAUCCAAAUAAAUGGAUCACACACUGCUUUCAUCUUGAGCACUGAACACCAACUUCCAUCAGAACCAAUUUGCAUUCGUCAUGCAUGUUUUUUCUGCAUUUGUCAUUUUCAUGAAAGCUGUGACAAUGUCUAUGAGGAUGUAGAGAACGCCCCCAAAUUCCCUUUUUCCCAAAACUCCAAGAAACGCAAAGGACCUCCAAAAAAUCCAUAUGCUGAAAAUAGCCAUGUGAAAGAGGAAACAAAGAGGCACUUAUGGCACGUCACUCAAUGGUCUAGUGUGACUGAAGAUCAAAAUGUGCAGACACAACAUGACAGAAAAGAGCAGCAGAGCCCUGACCACCACGAUGAGAAAGAGUGGAAAAAGAAAGAGAAACAGCGUCUGGAGAGAGAGAAAAAAGAACAGAAAGAAAAGGAGAAAAAGAAAAAUGAGAUGCACAAGAGAUUUAAGAUCACAGGAAUGGAGGAGCCCAUGUAUCACGCCAGAGUUCUGGUGGCCAGCAAGCUCUGCAAACACCACCUGCCCGUCAAGAGCGGAGAUGUCAUCAGCAUCAUACGAACUAUCAACUGCCCCAAAGGCAAAUGGCUCGCCAAGGACGGCAACAACAAAUAUGGCUACGUAUCUGUGAUGAAUGUGGAGUUGAACAUUAAGGAGAUGCUGGAGCUAGGGAAGAGAGCAUCACAGGCUGCCGGACAAGGUCAAACCGAUGGAGAUAACAUCAGCUUCAGCAGCAGGUCUUCCCAUCAAAAUCCCAUGUUAACAAGCAGCUUCACCGAUGACAGUGAGGAAUGGACAUGUGAUGAAGAAACUUUGUCUCCAUCUGCUGACGAUCUGAGUCAGAAUCGAGCUGUCUCUAUGCCUAACAUGUUUUACAGUAACUGCUCUGCUCAAUAUACUGUCAGUGAUGGCAGUAUGGAGGAUAUCCACACACAAGAGGCAGAAGACUUCCAGUUUGCAGACAUUGAUCUGCUGCCACCGCCUGAGCUGUACGCUGACUCUGUGAGUGUCUGAGAAAGUGAUUCCAGAUCGCUGUCUUUACUGAGAAAUUCUCAGCAUACAGUUCUUCAAUGGUGGUUACUGAAAAGCACCUUAUUGUAGCACUUGGCUUUUGUCAUUGGAAGUCAAAUCAGACGUCAUUCACACAUAAAGAGGACAUAAUUCUCCUUGAGGUCUUGCAAAGUUUAUCCACUGUACCAAAGGUAGAAAAAAACUGUUGUAUUGUGACAUUUUGAUUGAGAUGAAUUUUCAAGUUUGAAACCUCAGAUUUGCACUAUGAGGAAGGAGGGGUAGAUUGAGAGU